ACUUCCGGCUAAGCGGACCAAUCACAUCUUUCCUCGCAGAAGAGUUUGGUGACUUAAGCAACGGGAGCGCUUCCUCGUUUGUUGUAUGAACUGGAGAGCAGAAAACGCCCCUUCUUCAACAUGCAUUUGUCAAGGUGUGAGGAAAAGAGGAAGACCACAGAGAAAGUACAUAGAUGCAGUGCAGAGGAGGAUGGUUUGGAUUGAGGAAGAUUCAGGCAGAUGGUCCACACCCUAAAGGCAGCAUCUGAGAGAAGAACUAUUUUUCUGCAGUUAUGGUUGGAAUUUACAUGAAGAGGAGAAAGCGGAGCUGCUCUGAGGCCUGAACAGAAUCAUCUCCCUCCAUCUGGCCCUCACUCUCUCCGCCUCUUCAGACUGCUGCUCAUUUCCUCUCCUUUCCUCAGCAUGCUGUGUUGGGGGAAUGCCAGGGAUGGACAGCUGGGCAUCGGUGAGGAGAGGAACCCUGCGUUUGAGCCCAGGAACUGCCAUGUGUUCAGUGGACGAGGAUUGAAGGAAGUCGCGUGUGGAGGGCAGCACACGCUGUUCCUGCUGCACGAUGGUAGCGUGUACACAUGUGGCUCCAACAGCUGUGGACAGCUGGGCCACAACAGAGAUGGGACGUCCCCAGAGCUGGUGGGGGCUCUGGAUACUCAGAAGAUAACGAUGGUGUCGUGUGGUUGGGCCCAUUCGAUGGCCAUAAAUGAGCAGGGUCAAGUGUUCGCCUGGGGAGCCGGCGAAGGGGGACAGCUCGGCCUGGGGACUGCGGAGGCUGCGGUUCGAAUCCCAAGGUUGGUGAAGAGGCUCUGUGACCACAGCGUCUCUCAAGUAAUGUGUGGGAACCAGCACUGCAUCGCACUUUCUAGAGAUGGUCAGCUGUUCACAUGGGGCCAGAACACCAAUGGUCAGCUCGGUCUGGGUAAAGGAGAGCCGAGCAAGCUCUCGCCUCAUCCCCUGAAGUCUCUGGCGGGAAUUCCUCUGGCUCAGAUAACGGCUGGAGGAGACCACAGUUUUGCCCUGUCCUUGUCAGGCGCCGUCUUUGGAUGGGGCAAAAACAGAGCGGGACAACUUGGUCUUAAUGACAAACAAGACCGAGCCGUCCCGUGUCACAUCAAAUUUUUGAGGUCCCAGAAAGUUGUUUAUAUCAGCUGUGGAGAUGAGCAUACUGCAGCGCUCACAAAGGAUGGAGGCCUGUUUACGUUUGGAGACGGCUCAUGGGGGCAGCUGGGUCAUGGCUCCACCAAUAAUGAGCUUCUACCGAGACGGGUGCUGGAGCUCAUGGGGACCGAGGUUUCCCAGAUUGCCUGUGGCAGGCACCACACUCUGGCCUUAGCCCCAUCGUCUAGCAUGGUGUAUGCAUUUGGUUGCAACAGCCACGGCCAACUGGGGACAGGAGUCCUGGGCGAUUCAAGAAGCCCAUUUCCUGUGAAGUCCAGUUUCCUGACUGGAAACCUGCAGAGAAGAGACUCAAAGCAGUAUACAAAAAUCAUCUGUGGAGGAGACCACAGUUUCUUAUUGUACUCCAAUGAGCAGAGUUCUGUUGUCACAGAGGACUUCAGAGUGAUUAAUGUCAGUAAAAGCCUCUUCCCGAUCAACUAUGAACAAUUAAAUUCAUGGAGAUUAAAAAUGAUGUACAACACAGACUCUAGUGUCACCAACGACAUCGUGAUUCAGCUCUCCUCGACGGCUUGUUGGAACGCCAGCUUCCUGGACCAAAGUGAUGAUACUCACUUCAAAACCAACCCAAAGAUCCCAGGUAUUGAUCUGAAUUUGGUCAGAACAUUGUUUGAGGUUCUCAGCAAACCCGCCUUCACUGGACUCCUGGAACAGGCCACCAAGAGUUUUGAGAGCCUGUUGAUUCCUCAGCUGCCGCGCUCGCCCCCCGAUGUCGAGGCCAUGAGGAUCUACCUCAUCCUGUCUGAGUAUCCCGCCCUGCAGGACUCCAAGAACUACAUCCGACUCACUAUUCCCCUGGCAAUGGCUAUUCUCCGGCUAGACGCCAACCCCAGCAAAGUAUUGGAUAACUGGUGGUGUUUUAUGGACGACAGCUUCUUCACCAGAAUGGUCGACAUGUACAAAAGCAUCGUUGUGUUCAUGCUGACGGGCGGCAAGACUGUCCUGGUGCCCGUCUUCUACGACAACUAUUUCCUGGCCACCUUACGGCUGCUGGAGAAACUCCACAAGGUAAACCUAAAAGCUAACCACGUGGAGUACAGUCGCUUUUAUAUCCCUGAUAUCACCAGCCUGGUGGACAUCCAGGAAGACUACCUCAAAUGGUUUCUGAGUAAAGCUGAUAUUAAAAUGGGCUCAUCCCCUUCAGAGCAGAACGACUUUCCCUCAGUGAACCUGUGUGCCUUCCCGUUCAUCCUGAACGCCCAAGCCAAGACGACAAUGCUGCAAACAGAUGCUGAACUGCAAAUGCAGAUGGCAGUUAGUGGUGCAAACCUACACAACGUCUUUAUGCUGCUCACGCUGGAACCCCACCUCGCUAGGAACCCAUAUCUGGUGCUGCAUGUGCGCCGGAACCAUUUAGUCAGCGACACGCUACGGGAGCUCACCAUGUACUCUGAUGUGGACCUCAAGAAGCCACUCAAGGUGAUCUUUGAUGGCGAGGAGGCCAUAGACGCAGGCGGAGUAACUAAAGAGUUCUUCCUGCUGCUGCUAAAGGAGCUUCUGGAUCCUGUCUAUGGGAUGUUCACUCAUUAUACAGAGUCCAAUCUGCUGUGGUUCUCAGACAAAUGUUUUGUAGAGCAGAACUGGUUUCAUCUGAUCGGGAUCAUCUGUGGUCUGGCCAUCUAUAACUCCACAGUGGUGGAUCUGCACUUUCCCCUGGCGCUCUACAAGAAGUUGCUGGAUGUGCCGCCCACACUGGAGGACUUUAAAGAGCUCUCACCAACAGAAGCCAGGAGUCUUCAGCAACUUCUAGACUAUGAAGAAGGAGACAUAGAGGAGACGUUUCUUCUCAACUUUUCUAUCACCAGGGAAAACUAUGGGAUGACAGAAAUCAAGGAGCUGGUUCCGGGAGGAGAGAGCAUCGCUGUGGACAAAAACAACAGGAAGGAGUUUGUGGAGGCCUACCUGUGCUACGUGUUCUCAGGCUCGAUGUGCGAGCAGUACUCGGCCUUCUCCUCUGGUUUCCUGAAAGUGUGUGGAGGGGAGAUCCUGUCGCUGUUCCAGCCCUCUGAGCUGAUGGCCAUGGUGGUCGGUAACAGCAAUUACAACUGGGAGGAGAUGGAAAAGAACGCUGUGUACAAAGGAGAGUACACCGCCACUCACCCAACUGUUCGAUUUUUCUGGGAGGUUUUCCACGAAUUCCCGCUGGAGAAGAAGAAGCAGUUCUUAUUGUUCCUGACUGGCAGCGACCGCAUCCCCAUCCACGGCAUGGAGAGCCUUCGGAUCGUCAUCCAGUCCACCACGGCAGAGGAACACUACCUGCCCGUGGCUCACACCUGCUACAACCUCCUCGACAUGCCCCGCUACCAGACCAAAGAGAUCCUGCGCCGUCGCCUCACUCAGGCGGUGGAGCAGUACGAGGGCUUCAGCCUGGUCUGAGGAAACGGGGUUCCAGGAGGGCCUUUAAUGCACUUUAACAGAUACGGGCGGAGUAUUAGUUGGAGGAUGCCGGACGCAGGGAGGUCACUCGCUCAAGAUUGUUUAGUAUCUUAAAUCCUAAUAGGUCUAUGUGUAUAACCAAUGUUUUUAUAUUACUUUUAUUGCUGGAAAACGGUUCAAAAUUGAGGAUUUGAUGAGCCGACAUUGAUAUUUGGACAUAACUCAGAAGAUUCAAAUAGAGAUCGCUUUCUGAAAUGUGCAUGACGACCUGAGAUCAGAAAAACCGGUAACAGUCAAGAAACGUCUGGAUUUUUGCAACGUUUUCCUUUUCUUUUGCAAAGCUGUGUAUUUUAUAUUCCUUAAAUUCUAUUUUUCACAUUUAAAGACUGGUGUUAUUACUAUGAGACACUAUUUGUUUUUGUUGUUUUAAUUUAUUAAAUAGAGUGUCUAUAUUUUGAUGAAAUGGAGAUGUAUAAAUGUGUGUAAAUAGGACUUUGAACCAAAUCCACAGCCCUGAUCUUUGGGAGGGGUGAUAGUCAUGCUGAUCCUUUAAAAUCUAUACACCAGGAUGUCAUCCUUGCCUGAUUUUUGGAAAAAGAGGGCAGCAGAGGAGUCUUUGGCAGGCCUACGAAGGCUCCAGGGCAACAUCAUAAUUGCUCAUUCCUGUUUAGCUGUAAAUCAUUGAGCAGCUGACGCAUUUUAACCUGCAUUCAACAGUGUUGCCUUCUGUAAGGACAUAACGCUGACUUUUAGUCCCUGGAUGUUGUCUGUGUGCAUGUUGUUGGGUAAAACCAAAUCCCAGAUGGGCAUUUUCUUGGAAAUACAGUGACUCCUAUUCUUGCAGAGACCUGAAUGAGACUCGCUCUGAUGCAUUAAUGGAUUUUCUGGCUGUUGAAUUUUGUUAGGGCUCAACUCUUCAUGUUGAUUCUGGUUUCCAUUAAUUUUUUGAUUUGACUGUUUAUUAAUUGGACAGCGUCGUCUCUGCAAGGAAUCAAGGAAACUUGAAGUAUGUCCCAAAAAUGUCGCUUAGAGCAAAGCAUAUUCAAAUCUUAGUAUUAGUACAUGUAAUUAUUAGCUACUGUAUCAUAGAUUAGCAGUAACUAAUAUGUAAUAAUUGAAUAAAUCCAUAUUUUAAUGAUGUAUGCAUAUUAAAUACUUAGAUAUAUAUAAACAUUUGAUACAGUGUACCUGCCACUUAUUCUAGAGCUUGCCCUGAUAUUGUAUCUAUUCCUGAAGUCCAACCUCUUAGUGUGAAGUGAGUGAAGUCAUUUUGCAUAUCUAACAAACACAAAAAGUAUGGCUACUUGGUCCGCUGAGCAAUAACUUGAAUCAGCCAAGUUGUCGUAAAAUCUCUGGGUUUACCGUCAAAGCACCUGAAACUCUUCUGAUGACGCUGCAUCCUUUGGCUUAAGCUCUAUGCUGCAUGUACACUCAUGUUCAACAUUUCUCAUUUCUUCAUUUUCAGGCUGAUUUCUCCUACAGACUUUAGUCCUAUGCAAAGGUUUGUGCAGCCCCUGACUUUUUGCACCUUUUAUUGUGCUUCAGAGGAUGUGAUGUGAUUUUUCUGCAUAUUUGUCUGCAAUAUACAGAAUGCUCUCUGUUCAAGCCCAGGUUUGAAAUAAAAUAUGUUGGAAAGGUU